AUGGAAAAAUAUCGAAUACUGGGCAAAAAAGGUGAAGGCACUUUUUCUGAAGUAUUAAAAUGUCAAAAUGUUCGUGAUGGAACAUUUUGGGCAGCAAAAAAAAUGAAACAACUAUAUAAAAGUAUGGAUGAAAUUCAUCAAAUACGUGAAAUACGUGUGCUAAAACAGCUUAAUGGCCAUCCGAAUAUUAUUUUUCUUCGCGAAAUUAUCUUUGAUAAACGAACUGGUGUUUUAUGUUUAAUAUUUGAAUUAAUGAACAUGAAUUUAUACGAAUAUAUUCGUGGCCGACAACGAAUAUUACCAAGUGAAACUGUAUGCAAAUUUAUGUAUCAAUUGCUCAAAGCUCUUGAGUAUAUUCACAGGCACUCAUUUUUUCAUCGAGAUGUUAAACCAGAAAAUAUUCUAAUCAAAGAUGAUAUAUUGAAAUUAGCUGAUUUUGGAUCGUGCCGACAAACUUUAUCUAAACAACCAUAUACUGAAUAUAUUUCUACUCGGUGGUAUCGAGCGCCUGAAUGCCUGCUGACCGAUGGAUUUUAUCGACAAGAAAUGGAUGUUUGGUCUGCUGGUUGUGUUAUGUUUGAAAUCAUCACACUCAGGCCACUAUUUCCAGGCAGUAAUGAACUUGAUCAAAUUAGUAAAAUUCACGAUAUAUUAGGUACACCGUCAUCUAUCACACUCGAUAAAUUUCAACAUCGUAAUGCCGCAGUUGAUUUCAAUUUUCCUCCUCGACGGGGCACGGGUAUUGCUCGUCAUCUUACGAAUUGUUCGCCAGAUGCCAUCGAUCUUAUCAAUCAUUUGUGUAUCUAUGAUCCUGAUCAUCGAAUUUCGGCUCAUCAUGCUCUUCAACAUCCCUAUUUUGACGCUGUUCGAAGCCAAGAAAAUGGCCAAAGUCAAGAACACGGCACGAAUCAAUGGGAGAAUGGAACUCGAAUAGUAAAAACAAGCGAAGAUCAAUAUCAAAGGUCUGAUUCAAGUAGCAGCAGAUCGAGUGUUAAUCAAGAAAACGAAUCGCCGUCAUUGUAUAGUCAUAAUCCAUCUAAUACGUAUCAGCAUGGAACAGUCAACCCUGAUACAAAUCGACUUAUACAUUCACAAGUUAAAGCUAAAUCAUUAAUAGAUGCUCGAAUUCAAGGACAAUCAAUAAAAAAACCCUCUACACAAUAUCCUAAUAAUGCAAACGCUAAAACUAAUAAUUUUUCUUCGUUUAACCAAUCACAAAAUUUCUAUAGUAGUUUAUCAACAAUAGGAUCAAAUGUUUUUCAGUACCAAGCACGAAAAUAUCGGCAACCAACAAAACCUAGUCUCAAACCUUUUCUACCUCCUGUAUCAGGUGCUUCAGCAUUUUCAAAUUAUCCUACCAACAAUGGUCAUGCAUCAUCAAUGUUAAACAAAGAUCACAAUCAAGGAAAACAUGUUCUUGGUUAUUAUCCAAUAAUGUCGUAUCGAUCCUACAAGAAAUGA